GAGAGAGAGGGGGAGGGGGGCUGUGGAUGAGAAAGGGUUUCUCUCUCUCUCUCUUCCUCUCUCUCUCAGAGCUCAGUUAAUCCUGCUGUCAGUUGGCGUUAAGGCAACGAUCUAAGCGCUGGAUUCCAGGAGAAAGAGACACACGGCAGUAUAGAAGGAAGUGAGGACCGAAAGGGGGGAGAGGAAAAGGAAAAAGAAAGGAAGGAAGAAAGGAAGGAAGGAAGAAAACCAGAAGGGGGGAACUACCAAAUCUAUGCUUGGACCUGGGCUUUUUUCUCGCCAAUGCAAAAGGGAAUAUGCAGCACAUUUUUGCCUUCUUCUGCACCAGUUUCCUAGGGGCAGUGUUGGGGGUCAAUUUCCCCAGCAACAUCCAGAUAGGGGGAUUAUUUCCUACUCAACAAUCCCAGGAACAUGCCGCUUUUAUGUUUGCAUUGUCUCAGUUCACAGAGCCUCCCAGGCUGGCUCCUCAGAUUGACAUUGUGAAUAUUAGUGACAGCUUUGAAAUGACCUACACCUUCUGUUCACAGUUUUCCAAGGGUGUCUACGCUAUCUUUGGCUUUUAUGAGAGGAGGACUGUCAACAUGCUCACAUCCUUCUGUGGGGCACUCCACGUCUGCUUUGUAACACCCAGCUUCCCUGUCGACACAUCCAAUCAAUUUGUUCUUCAGCUGCGCCCAGAACUGCAGGAUGCCCUCAUCAGUGUUAUAGAAUAUUACAAGUGCCAGAAAUUUAUGUAUAUUUAUGAUGCUGACCGGGGUUUGUCAGUACUUCAGAAAGUGUUAGAUACAGCUGCAGAAAAAAACUGGCAGGUGACAGCUGUCAAUAUAAUGACAACAACAGAAGAAGAGUACAAGUCACUCUUCCAGAACCUGGAGAAGAAGAAGGAGCGGGUGGUGGUGGUGGACUGUGAAUCAGAGCGGCUCAACGCUAUCUUGGGCAAGAUCAUCAAGCUUGGGAAAAAUGGAAUAGGCUACCACUAUAUUCUUGCAACUCUGGGCUUCAUGGAUAUCGACUUAGGGAAAUUCAAGGAAAGUGGUGCAAAUGUGACUGGAUUCCAGUUGGUGAAUUACACAGACACCAUCCCAGCCAGGAUCAUGCAACAGUGGAAGAGCAAUGAUGCCAGGGAACAACCUCGUGUUGACUGGAAGAGGCCAAAGUACACAUCUGCUCUUACGUAUGAUGGAGUUCGAGUAAUGGCAGAAGCUUUUCAGAGUCUCAGGAAACAGCGGAUUGACAUUUCUCGCCGUGGGAAUGCGGGGGACUGCCUAGCAAAUCCAGCUGUCCCUUGGGGACAAGGGAUUGACAUCCAGAGAGCUCUGCAACAGGUGCGCUUUGAAGGACUGACUGGUAACGUCCAGUUUAAUGAGAAAGGACAUCGGACGAAUUAUACCCUUCAUGUGAUUGAAAUGAAACAUGAUGGGAUCAGAAAGAUUGGCUAUUGGAAUGAAGAUGAAAAACUUGUCCCAACAGCCGUAGAUCAACAAGGAGCAAAUGACACCACAACUCUACAGGAUAGGGUCUACAUUGUUACAACUAUUCUAGAAGCCCCCUAUGUGAUGGAAAAGAAGACCAAUGAGCCAUUGCAAGGAAAUUUGAGGUAUGAAGGUUAUUGCGUAGAGUUAGCUGCUGAGAUCGCAAAACAUGUUGGCUACAACUACAGCUUGCAGGUUGUCGCUGAUCGGAAGUAUGGAGCGCGAGACCCUGAGACUAAAAUGUGGAAUGGAAUGGUCGGGGAGCUAGUAUAUGGAAAAGCUGAUGUGGCUGUUGCACCACUGACCAUCACUCUGGUACGAGAGGAAGUUAUAGACUUUUCCAAGCCAUUUAUGAGCCUGGGCAUAUCUAUCAUGAUUAAAAAACCACAAAAGUCCAAGCCUGGAGUCUUUUCCUUUCUGGAUCCCUUAGCUUAUGAGAUUUGGAUGUGUAUAGUUUUUGCCUACAUUGGAGUAAGCGUCGUUCUCUUUCUGGUCAGUCGUUUCAGUCCUUAUGAAUGGCAUAACGAGGAGGUUGAGGAAGGCCGGGACCAGCCAGCCAAUGACCAAACGAAUGAAUUUGGAAUAUUUAACAGUCUCUGGUUUUCCCUGGGAGCUUUUAUGCAACAAGGAUGUGACAUAUCUCCAAGAUCUCUGUCUGGGCGUAUAGUUGGUGGGGUCUGGUGGUUUUUCACCUUGAUCAUCAUCUCUUCUUACACAGCCAAUCUAGCUGCGUUCUUGACAGUAGAGAGGAUGGUGUCUCCCAUAGAGAGUGCAGAAGACUUGGCCAAGCAAACAGAGAUUGCUUAUGGGACUCUGGAUGCUGGGUCUACUAAAGAAUUCUUUAGGAGAUCUAAAAUAGCGGUUUUUGAGAAGAUGUGGACGUACAUGAAGUCAGCUGAGCCCUCUGUUUUCGUGCCGACAACAGAAGAGGGGAUGAAGCGUGUGAGGAGAUCCAAAGGGAAGUAUGCCUACCUGCUAGAGUCUACCAUGAAUGAGUACAUUGAGCAGAGAAAGCCAUGUGACACCAUGAAGGUGGGAGGUAACUUGGAUUCCAAAGGCUAUGGCAUUGCAACGCCAAAAGGUUCACCACUGAGAAACCCAGUAAACCUGGCAGUGUUAAAACUGAACGAGCAGGGGCUUUUGGACAAAUUGAAAAACAAAUGGUGGUACGACAAGGGCGAGUGCGGCAGCGGGGGAGGUGACUCCAAGGACAAAACAAGUGCUUUGAGUCUCAGCAACGUAGCCGGUGUUUUCUACAUCCUCAUCGGUGGGCUUGGACUAGCCAUGCUGGUUGCCUUAAUCGAGUUUUGUUACAAGUCCAGAAGUGAAUCAAAACGGAUGAAGGGUUUUUGUUUGAUCCCACAGCAAUCAAUCAAUGAAGCCAUACGAACAUCAACCCUUCCCAGAGCAUCUGCAGCAGGAACCAGCAGUGGAGAAAACGGACGGGUGGUGAGCCACGAUUUCCCCCAAACUAUGCAGGAGAUUCCAUGCAUGGGCCAAAGCUCUGGGACACCCCUGGGAGCGACGGGAUUAUAAUUACCCUUGAUGGAUAUUCUGGGUGAGAGCAGGGUCUCCCUAACCCCAGCCUCUCCAGUGCUAAAAACCAAACCGUUCAAGAAGAGGGACAAUGCACUGGAUCUUUUAGAGGAAACCAGAUUCAUUUUCCUUUGUUUUUGUUUGUUUGUUUGUUCGUGUGUGUGUGUAUGUGUUUGUUUUGCAGUAAAUCCACAGGCAGAAAGCAUGACCUGUACUGCAAUAAGGAGAGGGCAACUGGACUGAACAAAAUUUGGAGACAUCCCUGAAUACACGGUUACAGGAACACUGAGGAAGACAGCGCCAUUUUGUUUUUAACUUGGUUGUUAAUAAGUUCUUAGUGUGUGCAAUAUAUAUAUUUUUCUUACUAAUUCCCGUGAUGUCAGGGUGAUCUCAGCCCUGCCCUGCUCAAAAGUUUAAAAUCAGGUUUAGUUUGGGAUGCAAACCAUACAUUUCUGCGCUACUAACAGUGAAAGGGGGUGGGUGGGAACAAUUCCUCUGAGACAACAGGACUCUACUGUGUUUUAAAGUUAUUGCGACAAAGCUAACUAGGCCAUCGACAGAGAAUUCCACUAUUGAAUGAAGGAUUUCUAAGGCAGUUGAAGGGAAAGCCUAACAUGGAGAAAGGAGUAGGAAGACUUCUGAAUGGGAUGCCAGUGGUUGUAUCUGGAUUUGGGAGAGCCCAGUUAAACAGAGGUUAAUGUGACCUGUAUUCCAGAGCUUGAAAGUGGUUAUCUGAGUUUAAAUGUUGUGAGUGUGGGAAAUAUCAGUCCCCAAAAUGGGAAUUUGACAGGCUACCACAAGGACAGGUCAGCAGCCACCUAUGACCAUGGCUGUUUCCUCUAGAAAAUGCAAAAUAUCAAUAUAUCUAUAGAUCACAUAUCAUCCCUCACUGCCUCACUGCCUUUUCAAGAGCCAUUUCCUCAUUCUCACACUACUGUAAGGUUUCCUUUCCAUGGUGAUCUUUGAGUAGAAAACCAUUCACCACCAGUUAAUGAUAGACAUCAGGGCUGCUUUGUAUAAUCUGGUUUAUUAGUCUUUGUAAGCCAGAUCUGGUGGACAUUCUAUGGAAUAAGUGGGCUACAUGAUAUUUAUGAUGACCAAAAAGUAAUAAUUUUUAAAAGUUUCCACAACAAGAUGCCAAUAUUCACCUAGAUCCAGCCUUCCAUAAUAAUUGCUUGCAACUGGCCACAGUUAAAAAGCAAAUUCAGUUUCAAGAAUCAAAUCUUGGCCAGCAGUAUCAUUUGCAGAAAAGCCAAAAGACAUGGUUUCCAUCUCAUCCAUCAUCGUGAAGGGAAGUGGAACACACAGAACUGACCAUCUGGUACCCAACUUGCUACUGAACAGUACCCUACUUGCUACUGAUACAAAACCCAAUCUCACAAUGAAACACUGAAAUCCAGAGAGCUGUCCAAAGCACAAGACAACAGACUUGCUAGCAGUAUUUCUCCCAGUCAUGUGCUCCUUGACAUCUACAUUGAAACAAAAGCUUCAUUUGUGUGUGCGUGUGCGUGUGAUAUCACCACCGUGAACAGUGAAAUACUCGAACAGAGUGGAAAACAUUGCCCUGAAGAAAAACCAUUAAAGGGAAGUAUCUCCUACUCCAUUGUAGGUCUGGAAGAGGCCCGACCCUUCCUUGGCGAUUUCCUAUCCUCACAAAUGCAUCUGCCCAUGACUGGAUGUAAUUCCAGACUAUACAAGGGGCUAAAUCUUCCUCCAAGUGCAGUGCAAACCCAUCAGUAUAACAGCAACUUGCUAUAUCUAAUAUCUGAGACCUGUGUGUAACAUAAAAGUGUAAAAUAGGAGACUGUGACAUAGAAUGGAAGCAGAAGGAUGCGAUAAGAGGCUACGGACUGAAAUGGCUUUGUUGUGGGGAACCAUCAUGACGUCGCUUUAAAAAAAUGUGUGUGUGUGACUGGCAAGUGGCUCUAACAAAUAAGCUACCAUACAUGACUUUCUGUGCUUAUGAAGCUUCAAAAACUAUUAAAGACUGGCUUCUAGGAACUGAUUGUACCAUUCAACACUAUGUUGUUCCAUCAAUUUCUUCCACUCAUCUUAAGACGGCAUCUUCAUAAGACUGGCAGCACAGAACCUGCAGAUCCCCUUCAGAGGGCACAGCAUGCCUAGUGCCUGUUAUGUUUUCUCUCCGUGCUGCUGGAAGCCUUUUUGUCUUCAUCUUCCAUCCAGCUGUUUGUCAUGGCUCAGAUCUCAGCCUCCGAUAAUAACUUUUCAAGGUCUUGUUCUCCGUGUGCAAUUCUUAAUUCUUAAUUUUAAUUUUAUGUCUGCUUUGGUUACAUUUGAGUUCAGUUCUGUGUGUGUCUUUAUGGUGUGCACGGCUCACAAAAACUAAGCCUGUUUUUGAUGAAGAGAUCUUUUGGAUGUCCAAGAAGAUACACAAUCCUUCUUUCAAACACAAGAGUUUUCCAGAGCUCCCACAACUCUCUUACACUGUAAAAUGCAAUGGGAGCAGAGUGCAAGGAUUUUCUUCUGUAUGGAAUAAAAAAUAUAGCCCAUAAAACUUUGAAAGAGAUAGAGAAAGAGAGAGAGAGAGAGAGAGAGAAACCUCAGUUGCCUUUGUGGCAAAGGAAUCAAAGAGACCUAUCUGACAAUUGAGCCAGCCAGUUAGAUGGGUUUGUGGGAAGAAGCCUUCUAUGAUAGGACAAAUGCCUGUAACACUAGGACAUGAGACUCAUCUUUGAAAUGUUUUUGAUCAGUGGAAGGGUGGGAGGAGAAAAAGAAGAAUGAUUCAGAAGAAGAGGGGAAAUGUUAACUUGUAAUAUGUAUUUUUACUACACUUUUCUUAAAUAUAGAAUAAUGUGGUGGGGAGGGCGGGGAAACCCUUAAAGACAUUGACAUUUUUCUCAACAAGAAACCAUAUUUAACAGUUUUGGCUUUCAUUAAAUUUUGCUCUUUGGUACCUGGA